AUAUAGAAAAAAAAUGGAUUCGAGAAAGGAAAUGAACAACAUGGAGAAGGCAACUAGGACUCCAAAAGACCGCCAUCUGAAAGUUGGAGGUCGUGAUCGUCGCAUCCGUCUUCCGCCGAGUGUUGCUCCCAAACUAUUCAGUUUGACAGAUGAACUCGGCUUCCAAAGCGAUGGCGAAACCGUCGGUUGGUUCCUUCGAAAUGCCGAGCCAGCUAUUUUUGCCGCCACGGGCCACGGCGUCAGCACCACCCCAAAUGAUUUUAUCCACUCAUCUGAUAAGAAUUUUCAUAAUUACUAUUUUAACUGUGGUAACUUCAGCAACACCAUUAAUGGUAACUGCAGCUACACCAUCAAUGGUAACAACACCAUUAAUGGUACCAUUGAUGGUGAUAAUUGGACGGUUCAUCAUGAGAUGGUCUUUCCGGUCGGUAUGUUUGGAGUGAGUAAUGAUUGGAGACUUCGUUCGGUUAUGGUUGAUCUUCGUUUGGUUGCUGUUUGCAUUAUUUUUUCUUUUUCCUUCAUGUUUUUCAGUUUGGAGUGAUGAACUAAGGUUUGGCUUAGUCCGGUUUUAGUUUGCCUUUUUCCGUUGGUUGUAUUCUCAUAUUUUUCGGUUAAGAUGAAUCAGAAUAAUAAGUAUUGAACUGUUUCAUAUAUAACAUUUCAAUUCUACUCAAUGAAACUGGGAAAAGC